AUGGUCUCUUUCAAGAGUCUAUUGCUGUUGGUCCCCGUCAUUCCUCAGCUGGUAGUUGCGACGUCAUGCGAUUACGGAUCCUGGUACAUCGAAAUCAACCUUGCAGCAGGCGCUCAAGGCAACCGACGCGGAGAUCUCUAUGCUGAGCAUUCCAAGACUCCAGGCGUGAUCAGCCACUCAGUAUGGAUCUAUGACCCUCAGACAGAUUUGACUACCUAUACCGCGGAAGAUCCGACCUUAAACAACACGCUUAUCUCGGUUCUUGGUCUGCAGAAUUUUGAGAUAGAGCAGACCAUCCUUGGGAUCCCCUUGAAGGGAUCUGGGCUUAUCGACAUGUACUUUAGCCCGGCCGCAAACGGCCGCGGCGGCAAGGGCAACACGACGAUUAUUUCGGAGUUGAACGAUUGA